AUGUCUUCAUCCGGCCGUUUCAGCGUCCACAGUGAAAAAAACUAUAAAUUGACCUCACUUCAUAGCAGAUCAGCACUCCCACCUCUCAUAAACCUUUCAACUCUCAGAAACCUUCCAAUUGUUUACCUUAUCGUUGUUCGAAAUCUCUUCUGCUCUCAAUCUCUUUCAGAAUGGCUCAACUUGAUCUUGUUGCAAUCCCUUCCCAGGCUAACUACGCUACCUUUGAUGAGUUACGUCUUGGUCGUUCAACCCAACAGGUUGUUGGUCGUCUCCUCCGUUUUUGGGAUGCUCGCAACGUCAAGAAGAAUGGCGAAUUCAUGGGAAUCGUCUUCNUCCUCCUCGAUGAGAAGGUAA